AUGUCUUCCCUCAAUCUAUCCCAGAACGGGCCUUCGAUCACCGCCAGCUAUCAAAAGGUCGUCAACUCAUCACCGUCAGGUCCGGCGUCUGCCUCAUCCUCCUAUGGUAUUUGGGCACUCUACUCCGUCAAAGCCCCACUCGCCAAUGCCUUUCAGGCCGAUGCAGGGAAAGAGAGUGUGCUAUCGGUACAGACAACAGGUGAAGGAGAGUUGGCGGAUUUGAUCGAGGAAUUCUCCGAUGGCCGAAUCCAAUUUGCCUUUGUGAAGGUCAAGGAUCCCAACACUACACUACCCAAAAGCGCCCUCAUUGCAUGGUGUGGCGAAGGUGUACCAGAGCGAACAAAGGGAUACUUCACUAGCCAUCUCAAUGCUGUCACGAAAGUGCUUCAUGGAUAUCAUGUACAAGUCACCGCUCGCUCAGAUCGCGACCUGAGCCCAGAAGUGAUUGUGCAAAAAGUGGCUGACGCCUCUGGUGCCAAAUACAGCGGCGGUGGAUCGGUUGUUUCAGCGCCGGCACCACCUCCUGUCGCUUCAAAGCCUGUACUGCCGACCAAGAGCUUCGGAGCGUCAGGAAGCUUCCAAUCACUACCAUCGAGAUCUCGCGCCAACCCGGCAACAUCUGGACCUACAGACGAAGAUGGAUGGGGAAAUGACGCUCCGCCUGUCACACGCUCUCAAUUGGAAAAAGUCGCGCCUGCUUACCAGCCAACAAAGGUCAACAUGGCCCAACUUCAAUCGCAACGGGAACCUUCCAAAUACCAGCCACCAGCACGCCCAGAGACAAGCUCGGCCGACGUCGUAAGCCGUGGUUAUCAGCCCAUUGGCAAGGUCGACAUUGCUGCUAUUCGUCGACAGGCUCAGGGCUCCGGCACCGUGCAAGAUGACCGGCCAACCGUUGUCAAGGGUGCCUACGAGCCAAUUGGCAAGGUCGAUAUUGCGGAAAUCCGUCGCAAAGCACAAGCAGCACCAUCUCCGGCUCAAGCACCUCCACCUCAGCAGCCAUCUGAUGACCAAGAGGACCGACCACGAUCCCUAGCCGACCGGUCUGCCGCCUUCACCCAAGCCGAGCGCAUCACUGAAUUGCCCAAGCCUAAGAUUGCGAACAAAUUCGGUUCCAGCGCUAGUAGCUUCGCUGGAACCAAAGCGCCUACCCCAUUUGGAGCCCAGGCUGGCAGCUCAUCCACCGUACCGCCCGUCGCCACUGCCAGCCGCACGUUUGCUGAUGAAGGUGGAAAGACUCCAGCUCAAGUUUGGGCGGAGAAGAAAGCUCGCGAGCGUGGUCUUAGUGGCGCAGGUGACGCCGCACCAUCAAGCCUCGAAGGUCCGACGCCUGCAAUAAGCACUCAAGCAAGUGGUGGCUGGCAGAGCGGUUACGAGGGGAAGAAAUGGGACGUUGGAAUUCCCUCUCGACCCGGAGGUGGUGGUGUCGCAGAGCAGCGCACUGGAAAACAAGAAGAGGAACCCGUAUCAAGCGACGUCGGCUCUGUUCGAGACCGGUUCAACGAGCCUCCGGCCCUCGACACCGCAAGCAAGCCAGUCGCAAGCGCCCGCGGCGUACCCAUGCCUGGUCUGCCUCAAAGAUCAGCCGUCCCCGAAGUCCCUGCUGUCCAACACCAAGACAUUCCACCACCGCCCGCACGACCAAUCCCUCAGGACGAAGAGGAGGAGGAGGAGGAGGUUGAGGAUCCAUACCCACAGGGUUCACCCACACGCAUCGCCAUGCCAGUGGCACGUAGCGCAGCGCCGCUUGAGCCCGAACCCGCACAGCAUGCACCGUCGAUCCCCACUUCUUUCCACGGCGCCGUCGAUGACCGAGAGGAACUCGAGCCCGAGCCGAAGGUACAAGAACACGACAUCUCACGAGCCGCCGCUCAAACCACCGCGGCAAGCACAUUCGGCGCUGCUGAGGAUGCGCGUGGGGCAGGAGCCGAAGGUGGCCGGACAGCUAUCGCGCAGUACGAUUACACGAAGGACGAAGCCAAUGAGAUUGAUAUGCAGGAGGGCGAGCGCAUCACGGGUAUUGAAAUGGUCGACGACGACUGGUGGAUGGGCGAGAACAGUAAAGGGGAGCGAGGGCUGUUCCCGAGCAAUUAUGUCGAGCUAGUCCCCGGAGAUGACGAGGCAGGCGGUGCGGCAGAGGCUGCUCGUGCUGUCCCUGUACCUCCAGCGCCGCAGGCCGAAGCAGCUCCGCCGGCCGGUCAGCCUCAGCCAUCGGGCGGUGGGUUGCCAACGGCGACAGCCGAAUACGACUACGAGGCUACGGAGGAUAAUGAGAUCAGUUUCCCCGAAGGAGCCAAGAUCACCAAUGUGGAAUUCCCCGACGACGAUUGGUGGUCAGGCUCAUAUGGAGGAAAGAGUGGCCUGUUCCCGGCCAACUAUGUCAAGCUCAACGAAUGA